GAAUCCCCAUCCCCUCCCCCCUGACCUCCUGCCAGAAUGUUGGGUUUCAAAGAAUGCGCAGAUUAACGGAUAUCAGGAGUAGCGUGGCCCUGGGCUGAGGAUAAGGAUAAUUUACCUGAGUAACAGUCCUGGCUGAAUCAUUACAGGCCUUCUACUUGGUAUAUCUCUGUGUAAGCGUAAAGGGAACUUAGCCAAGGAGCAUUAAAACCAUUGCUGUUGGAAGGAAGUCAUAUAGUAAGGAAACCACUGAAGGCCAAGAGAGAAAAGCAAGAACAGAAACACAGCCCCAAGGUCUGUAAGACUCAGAGUUGGGCAGUGCCCACCCAUAAGGGAGCCAGCAUAGAUCUGAAGUGAAUACCUGUGACGGAGGGUCUGCGUGUCAGGGAAAGCUGCUGCUGCUGGACAUAGGCCCUGCAUCAUCAACUGAUUUAACAUGGCAGCGUCUGUGACACACUCUGCCUCUAUACUGCCUUCUCUACGGAAAAACCAAGUGGCCUUGAAGGAGGGUAAGAUGAAGUUUCAGACUUGGGCUCAGCAGAAGAGGGAUUUGAGGCUGGGGCCAGUGCCAGGAUCUUCAUGUUUCAGUUUGAGGAUUGUGUUGCUGUUGGUGAUUUCUCUGCCAAGCUUGUACUGUGAUCUGGGAUCAGUAUAUUACUCUUCCUAUGAAACAGUCACCCCCAAGAGUCUGACAGUGGAAGGAAGGGAAGACCAAGUGGAAAAGCUCUCCUAUGUGCUAUUUAUGCAGGGCCAGAAACAGCUGAUUCACCUGAAGGUGAAGAGAGACUAUUUUGUGAAUAACUUUCCAGUCUUCAGCUACCACAAUGGCAUCCUGGGGCAAGAAAUGCCUUUGAUCUCACAUGACUGUCAUUAUGAAGGCUACAUAGAAGGAGUCCCAGGUUCUUUUGUUUCUGUCAACACCUGUUCAGGCCUCAGAGGCGUCCUGAUUAAGGAGGCAAAAUCCUAUGGCAUUGAGCCCAUUCACUCUUCAAAACAGUUUGAACAUGUGUUGUACACCAUGGCCCGUGAAGCUCCAGUCUCCUGUAGUGUCACUUCCAAUGACAGCCAAGUGGCAUUCACCAGCCGGCAACAAGAGAGCAGCAAGCCUCGCAGUCGGCAGGUGCCAUCCUACUUGUGGUCACAUACCAAAUACGUGGAGAUGUUUGUCGUGGUCGACAACCAGCGGUUCCAAAUGUGGGGCAAUGACAUCAAUGAGACAGUCCAGAGAGUAAUGGACAUCAUUGCUCUGGCCAACAGCUUCACUAGGGGAAUAAACACAGAGGUGGUGCUGGCUGGAAUGGAGAUUUGGACCGAGGGGGACCUCAUACAGGUCCCAGUGGACCUGCAAGUUGCACUCAGGAAUUUCAAUAGCUGGAGACAAGAGAGGCUCUUCCAUCGUGUGAAGCAUGAUGUUGCCCACAUGAUCGUUGGACACCAUCCUAAAGAGGAUACGGGGCAGGCAUUUCUCAGUGGUGCCUGUUCAAGUGAUUUUGCAGCAGCCGUUGAAUCCUUCCACCAUGAGGAUGUCCUCCUGUUUGCAGCGCUCAUGGUCCAUGAGCUUGGGCACAACUUGGGUAUUCCGCAUGACCAUUCGGCCUGCGUUUGUAAAGAUAAACCCUUUGGCCUCAUGCGUGAAAAUAUCACUAAAGAAAGUGGCUUCAGCAACUGCAGCUCUGACUUCUUCUACCAGUUCCUCUGGGAACAUAAAGGGGCCUGCCUAUUUAACAAGCCUGGGCCCAAAGGCCGUGUACGGAGGGAUUCCCGCUGUGGAAAUGGUGUUGUAGAAGAGGAUGAGCAGUGUGACUGUGGUUCUGACUGUGACAAUCACCCAUGCUGUGACCAAACAUGUAGGCUGAAGGAGAAUGCAGAGUGUAGUGAUGGACUCUGCUGCGUUAAAUGCCAACUGAAAUAUAAGGGAUUCAUGUGCCGUCCUGCUUUGGGGGAGUGUGACCUCCCAGAGUAUUGUGAUGGUUCCUCUGGAGAAUGCCCCAUAGACAGCUAUAAGAUAGAUGGUACAAUGUGUGAUAGAAUUCACUAUUGUGCUGGAGGUCGCUGUAAGAACCCUGAUAAUCAGUGCAUGGAUAUAUAUGGGUUCUCUGCAAGGUCUGCCCCAGAAAACUGUUACAUUUCAAUGAACAGAAGAGGGGACCGGUUUGGAAACUGUGGUAUUACCAACUCACCUAGGUUAAGAUAUUUGAAGUGUGUAGAUGAUAAUAUAUUUUGUGGGAAACUUAUAUGUACAAAUGUUAGACAGGUACCACAAAUCAAACCAAAUCAUACACUGAUCCAGGUCGCUCAUGAAGAUGACUGGUGCUGGAGCAUGGAUGCCUAUAACACUACUGAUAUCCCUGAUGAUGGAGAUGUACACACUGGCACUCUUUGUGCUCCAAACAAAGUCUGUGUAAAUUACUCUUGUACUGAUUAUGCUGUGCUCAAGUAUGACUGCAAACCAGAAGAAAUGUGUAAUGGUAACGGAGUUUGCAACAAUUUUAGGCACUGCCAUUGUGAGGCUGGCUAUGCUCCCCCUGACUGCAGAGGUCCAGGAGAUGGUGGUAGUGUAGACAGUGGUCCACCUGGCAAACCAACUGAAAUUCAAAGUGUAGGUGUAGGUGGCGGUUCUUUUCAUCGUAGCAUUGAGUUUAGAAAUGUUGGCAAGCUAAUUUUCAUACUCCCUUCAUUUCUUUUAAUAUUGUUGUUAGUUUUAAUAUUUUACAUUACCCUCAGGGCUGUAAAUGAGUCAGUAGAGACCCUAGGGCGUACCUUGGAGGAAAGUUCAGAGGAAACCACUAGUAAGGGAUUCUUAACGGAGUUUCUACCAGUGGGGCUACAGGAGGAGGAGUCAGAAGAGAAGGACCAAGAAGAGGAGGCCCCCCCACCGGAGGAGGCCCCCUUGCCGCCGCUGGAGGCUCCCCCGCCGCUGGAGGCAAUGCUGCUGCCGCCGGAGGCCCCACCACCAGGAGAGCUAGCACCAUAAGAGGUAGCAGGUGAAGGAAAAGGAUAACCAAAGGCAGAAGUGUAUUGGUGGAAGAAUCCAAAAAUAUCGAAUAUCUCAAGCACUGAGUGGGAAAGAGGGGCUCAGAGAAGCAAAGGUGAAGUGAGAAUUGAUGGCUCCUGUAGCUCUGAACAGGAUAUAUAGUCUACAGAAACAUACUAACAUGGGAACAGAGAUGCCCCUGCUUUCAGUAUUCAUUUUAGUAAUUUGGUUAUAUGUUCAUAUAUGAACUCAUAAAAUAUUCUAUAUUUUUGCUUUUUUCCCAUUUCAUGAAACAAUUUUAUUUAAGCUCUUCUCAUGAAUCAUACCUAUCAAUAUCAUCAUUCAUUUGGGCCAAUUUCUGAUCUGAAAUUACUUUUCAGGGCCUACCAUCUUCCAUCUACAUUGUUUGAUACACAGUAUUAUCUCUACCUAUGACUAUCACAGGGUCAUUAAUCCCACUCAUAACACAUUAUCUUAAAAAUGUUAUCUGUUGAGUAAUCUAAUUUGCCCCAAAAGUUGCUAUUCACGAAUAAAAGGUAAUUUAAAAUAAAUAAAAAGCUAUUUUAAGAUGAAGCAUCGCUUCAGACUCCAUACAGCCUAGUCCUUGAGGCUUCUUUAUUUUGGGGCUCUCUUGGAAGGGGCUACAUCUGAUCCAGGGUUGUCCGAUCACCCUGGGUCUGGGUGCAUGGGGGAAGGGGAGCAACUUAGGCAAGAGACAACCUUGUCUAGUGCAGAGUUAAAUUGAAAGUAUUAAUUGUUCCUUCUUUUCUGUUUUUCGACUUUACUUAUUAUAUUUAUUUCUCAUUUCCUUUUUAAGUUAACAUAUUGUUGACUGACAGUCCAAAGGAACAGAGCUUUGGAGGGUAGUCAAUUGUCUGUAAAGAGAGCACAAAGCACAUACAAUAAAACAUGCAUUCUGUGCAAGACACUGUGCUACUUUACAUUUGUUGUCUUAAUUUAAUCCUCCCAUCCACCCUAUGAGACCUCCAUCCUGUACAUGAAGAAACAGAGACCAAAGACUUUUGCUCUAGAGUUGAUAAGGGGUGGAACCUGCAUACGGCCCCACGUAUGACUGAAUCUACAUUCGCCACUGCCUCGUGAGCCUGUUCCUUUAGUAAAAAAAAAGUGAGCAGGAAGACAACUGACAUGUCCUUAAUUGCCCAGGUGAUUAGUGAUGUUGAACACCUUUUCAUGGACCUGUUGGCCAUCUUUAUGUCUUGUUUGGAAAAAUGUCUAUUCAGAUUCUCUGUCCAUUUUUAAAUUGGACUUUUUUCUUUUUGAUAUUGAGUUGUGUAAGUUCUUUUUAUAUUUGGAUAUUAACCCCAUAUCAGAUAUAUGAUUUGCAAAUAUUUUUUCCCAUUCAAUAGGUUGACUUCAUUUUGUUGAUGAUUUCCUUUGCUGUGCAGAAAGAAGCCUUUUAGUUUGAUGUAGUUCCACUGUUUUUUCUUUCCUUUUUUAAUAUUUACUUAUUUAUUUGGCUGCUCCGUGUCUUAGAUGCAGCAUGCAGGAUGUUCAUUGCCACGUGAGGGAUCUUCCUUGAGGCAUGCAGGAUCUUUAGUUGCAGCACGCAGGCUUUUAGUUGCGGCAUGUAGGAUCUAGUUCCCUGACCAGGGAUUGAACCUAGGCCCCCUGCAUUAGGAGCAUGGAGUCUUAACCACUGGAUCACCAGGGAAGUCCCUAGUUCCACUUGUUUUUGCAUUUGUUGCCUUGGCUUUUGGUGUCAAAUCCAAAAAGCCACUGUCAAGGCCAGUGUCAAGGAGCUUACUGCCUAUGUUUUUUUCCUAGGAGUUUUAUGGUUUCAGAUCUUAUUUUCACAUCUUUAACCCAUUUUGAGUUAAUUUUUGUA